CAACCUCCAGAUAUACUGCUGGAGAACACAUAUAACAUGGACGAGACUAGUAUUAUGCUAAGUAUGCUAAAUUCCGUGAAAGUCCUAGUUGGUAAGGACGAUACACAUGUCUAUAGAGGGGCGCGUGUUAAGCGUACUAUGGUAACUGCUGUUGAAUGUAUCUCUGCAGACGAAAGGUCGGAAUCAAAGGUUCAGACGUGCUCGAUGGACCUGCAGACGAUGGCGAUGAUGCGAGUGAUGUUGCAAAUACGUCCUGGACACAAGAAGUGGGGGAGCACACAUCGACCGGAGACGGUGAAGUCAUAGAUGAACAGACUGAAGACGCUGCCGAGGAAAUGGACCGAGCACAGCGCGAAGAGAAGUGGAUGGAGAUUUGUCAGGAGAAGGUGGAGAUUGCACGGCAGAUGUGUGACCUCGAAGAUGACAUGAGUGUCGAGGAAAAGCUGAGUGUGUUUGAUAGGGUCAAACGCGAAUGAGAGGGGGAAAGAGAGCUAUUGUUCAUAGGGGCGAGCAGACUCAGCGAUACUCAGGCACACGAUCGACGGCUUCGACUAUCGUAGCAACUGCGCAUGUAUCCGAUUCUGAAGAGGCACACAUUGGUG